AUGGACGUCGGAACAGUCAUAUCUGUUGCUCAAACAUUGUUUGCAGCGCUUCAAUGUACUCAGCUCAAAGAGAUUUGCUCCAUUGCAGGCUACAAAGCCCAACUUGAUGGACUCUGUGCCACCAUCACUAGAAUCAAAGCCGUGUUCAAGGAUGCUGAGUCCAAGCAACAGUUGUCCGAGCAAGAACAGUUGUAUAUUGAGGAACUCAAAGAUGCUGUUUAUGAAGCAGAUGAUCUCUUUGACGAGUUUGUCACUCUUGCAGAACGGAAGAAGCUUACUAAAGGUAUCAAGGUUCGUGUUCUUUCUCUUUUUAGUAAGUUUGGUACAGCUUACAAUAUGGCUCAAGGUGUUAAGAAGAUCAAGAUAAAGUUGGAUGCUAUUGCUUUUGAUAGUCGGUUUAACUUAAACAUUGAUCCUAAGCCUAUCAGGAAUAGAAGGCUUGAAACCUGUUCUUAUGUGUAUGAAGCUGAUAUCAUUGGAAGAGAGCUUGAUUUGGAGAAGAUUAAGGGGUUGGGUAAAACUGCUCUUGCACAACUCGUGUUUAACGAUGAUCGAGUCACAACUGAAUUUCCAAUGAGGUUGUGGACUUGUGUCGCCGAUGAAAAUCAAGGACUACUUGAUGUAGAAGGGGUUCUUGGUAAGAUUCUAGCGUCAGCAACGGGUCAUAAGAAGUAUGAGGGAUGUACUCUGGAUGGGUUGCAAAGCCAGCUUCGAGAACGACUUGGUGGUAAAAAAUACUUGCUUGUUUUGGAUGAUGUAUGGACUGAAAAUUAUGAACAAUGGCAUACAUUGAUACAAUUUUUGAUGGGAGGUCAAAGGGGAAGUUGGAUUGUGGUAACUACGCGUUCAAUGGAGACAGCAAGAAUCAUAGGAGACGUUCAAAGGCACGAUCUGCAAGGUUUGUCAAAGGAAAAUUCGUGGUGUUUAUUUAAAAGGGUUGCAUUUGGAUCCCAACACGCAAGCCCUCGUGAAGACUUGGUUAAAAUUGGUAAAGAUAUUGUUGUUGGAUGUGCUAACGUCCCUCUUGCAAUCAGAGUGGUGGGAAGUCUUCUUUAUGGCCAAGAGAAACAUAAGUGGCUCUCGGUUCAGAAGUCGGGAUUAGCAAAAGUUAAAAUGAAAUCUUUCACAUAUUGA